UUUAGCCUUUGUUAUUUAUUUAAUUUACUAGAUCUAGAUCUAUUUAUUUUAUUUAGAAUCGACUUCUGCUCUGGGAGCUGGUUUAGUGACAGACUUUGGCAUUGUUUUACUGUUUUUUACUGCUAUACUGCAGCUAUACGAUUCCGGAAUAAUAACCGACGCUAAACUAAGGUUUUACCAUAAGUUUUUGCUGUUGAGAUGUCAGAAAAACGCAAGGUUUUUGAAACAAAAGAAAUUUUGAAAUCAGUGAUUUUGAGAUGCAGAUCCUCAACAGUUAGAGAUACAGUUACACAAUGGGGAAGAAUAAACAAUUCUCAGCUUAGUCUUGAAGUUUUUAAUGGAACUAAACAGCAGGUUGUUAAAAAAAUUCUUGAUCUUGUUGAGGAUGAUGAAUUGAAUCAUGAGACUGUUGGAGAUUUGGAACUUGUGUAUAUCCAGCUGCACUCAACAACCAAGCUCUGGAAAGUCUACAAGCUCACAGGGAAUGAUCUGCAACUCAGUAUUGACCCUAGAACAUUACGUUCCAAACUUGUACGCAACCUUCAGCUGAAAUGGAAAGACGGUUGGGUUUUUGGCAAUGUUGGAUUAUUUGCUGGUGGAGUUUGGCUUAGAAUCCAUGUGAGUUCUGCAUCAGCACAUGGGAGAAAAGAAGCUAAAGCUUACAACCCUCACAAUUCUCUGUUUGCCGUGACCUUCCCAGGUUCUCCAUAUGUCAUAAUAAACAAAUGUGGGCUUCGUAAUCUUCACUUGAUCACUGAGGCUGUAACUUCAACAUUGAACGCGGACAGUUUGAUUGACAUACAACUAAGUGGACGACAUGUUGCCUCCCUUGCUGAUAUUGUUUUAAAAAACACUACGUGCCAGUCAUACAGAGAGCAAGAGGACAAAGAGAAUCCACUCAUCAACAAACAAGGAAAAAAAAGAAAGGGUUUUGAUAAUGAAAAUUUUGAAGAUACAGAGAUGAUUAUAAAUGGAAACAGUGAAGAAAAACGUCGCAGGAUUGAAAAACUCAAUCAAACAUUUGGAGAGGACCCACAGCCAAUAUUAGAAAAAUUGGAAUACAAGUUUGACCUGAAAUUUUAUGGUAAACCAGCCAGUGAAAGUGUGUGCAAAUCUACUGUGGAAAUUAAAGGCAAAUCUGUACUGGAUGGUUUAUGCCAACUGGCACGAGCAGGAGUACUCAAAUUCCCUUUACCAACCCAUUUAACAAGCACCAGUACUGCUCAUCGCAAUAGUUUUAUGAUACAAGACAAAAGAAAGUAGUUUUUGGACGUAUUCUCCUUAAAUUUACUGAUGAAUUUUACUUUAUCUUCACAGAUGAACAAUAUUUGCUUUUUUACCAUCAGAUACAUUUUUGGAUUUAAAUUAUUUUUUAAUGGCAAAUGCAUUUUAAAGUUACAUAAGAAAUAUUUUUAAGGGUGACUUGAUGUAUUCCAGUCAUGUUUUAUUCCAAGCUUUUAUUUGGUCACUGUUUUGGUGUGGUUUAUGGUCACUUCUUUUGAUUAAAGUUUUGUCCCAUUUCUAACUUCAUACUUCAACCCAAGAAUAUCUUAUUUUAAUUCUAAUUAGUAUUUAUUAAGAAUUAAUUUAAAUAUCACAAAAUCCAACAACAAAAGGGGAAAUAAUUAAGCUAUUCUUGAGUGUUGGACCACCACUGUAGCCCAUAUAAAUCAAAAUGCGACUGUUUUGUACCAUCACCGUACGCCACUUUAACUGUGCAUAUUUGUGUGUCCUGCCUAUAAUUUACCUUACAGUGUAGAUAGUGUAUUUAUAAAAUAUUUAUACCAGCAUUAUUUGCUAAUGUUAAUUAUAGUUAAUGGUCCAGUCUGUUUAAGAAUCUGUUUCUAAUUUGUCUGCACAAUAAAGGGCCGCAGUGGGGAAAGGCUGAAAAGUUUUAUUUAAAUAUUUAAAAAAUCAGUGGAGUGUUAUUAAAAUAAAAUAAAUGUAGUUUAUGAACUAGGUCAUGAAGCAAAACAUGUUUUUUUUUUUAAAAGUUAUACUACAACACCAAAAACUUGUAAACCCCUAUUCUAGAUCUAUUUAACCAAUCAAAUGAUAUAAUUAAAUAAUAUUGUAGCCUUAAAGCAAAAAAAACAAAACAACAAAAACAAAUAGAUUUUAAGUUUCUCUUCAUUUGCACAUAUUUUAACAAUUAAAUUGAUUCUUUAACUUUAAGUAUAAAAUUUCUGAAUUUUCUCAGCCUUUUUUAAAAGUGGCAGCAGAAGACAACAUUGAUAUGAGAAGGGGAGGGUUAAUUAACAGCAUACUGAAAGUAAUAACAAACAGUCUGAAUAACAAGCUAGAGUAAUUAUUUAAAGAUUUGUAGAUAUAAUAAAUAAUUAUAAUUAUUUGUAUUUACCGAUAACUUAGGUGCCAUUUCAGCAAGGUGGACUAAAUUUCACACAAGUAUUAGCUCCUUUUGAGCAAUUUCUGAUAACUGGAUGGCUUAUUUUACUCAGAUCUAAUUUGAUAAUUACAAGCUUUUAUUUUGUUUGAUUCCUCUGUCUUUCAUCCAUCAUGGGCAGAAACUUGUAAAAAUUUUUCUCCUACUUUCUACAUUACUGAUUUCUUUUAAACUUCUCACAUAUGUCAAGACUUUAUGACAUGCAUUGUGAUGCAAAAUGUGACCCUAUUAAAUAUUCAAUUGUUUCCACUCUAUUAUACACAUUGUUUGUGUUAAUUUUGUGCACCUUGUGUUUUUAAAAUUCUAUUCUAUUAAAAAACUAGCCAUCGGUAACCGUUAAGUGUGAAUUAUAGGCCUAUAUAUUGUUACUGUUAUACUUCUUUAAGAAAAUAAUUUAUAGAAUAGUUAUUGGUCAAAACACAAUGUGCUUUACUACACGUUGAAUGAUGAUAGUGACAAAGCAAAGAAAUAACUAAGUAGCUAAAAAUCUGACACAUUUAAAAUAACAUAUGCUACCGAUACCUAUUAGAAAGAUUAAAACCAAAUUAUAUACAUUAUUAGUCAACACAACACUAUAUAAAAUGCACUUAUUGAUUAAGAGACUUUAAUGAUUCAUUUAAAAACAUCGCUGUUUAAUGGUAUUCUUAUUUAUGUUGUUUUUAAAGUAAUUAUUAGUUUUGGGCGAGAAAAUUGUAUACAUUGUGUAAUAAAAAUGUUUCUACA